AUGUACGCUACAAAUAGUAAGACUAAUUUUUAUUCUUAUGGAAACAACAAUUAUGAUCCUUACAAAUCUUAUCCAGGAAAUGAUAAAGUUAUGGGAAAUUCAGAUAAUUAUGAGUCACAAUAUUAUUCAGAUGGUGGUUUAAAUUUAAUGAAUUCUCAUAUAAAUAAGAAUGAUAUAUAUUAUAAAGCACAACAAAAUUAUCCAUAUGAUACAUCGAUUUACAAUGAUAUGCAGUAUACACCUUUAAGUUCAUUGCAUGCAGCUACAUUUAAUCAAAACAAAAAUAGGUUACAAAAUUUUAACCAUAAUAGUAAAAUUUUUGAAAAAGAUACACCUGUAGAUAAUUAUAGGAACAGUGAUUUUAAAAUAAGAAUUAAGAAUAAUAGAAAUAAAAUUAAUAACUGUAAUGAUCAAAUGGAUGAAGUUAAUGAUAUUAAUUAUAAUUCGACUUAUGAAGAUGAAGAAAGUUAUGAUACUCCAAAAAAUGAAAGAAAUACAGUAAUAAAUAUUACAUAUGAUGAUAAAUCAAGCGAAAAUGAUUGCAUAGAGGAUAAUGAACAAAAUAUUUAUAACUUUAAAAAAAUAAAAAAACCUAAAAAAAAAUUUAUGGGUAAAUAUUUUUUUUCCGAAAUAAAAAAUAAUUUUUUAUCACCUUUGCAUAUUUGUGCACCUCAUCCAACUUUAACUGUUCCUAAUUUUAAUUGUUUUCAUUAUAAAAUAGUGGAAAAAACGAAAGGUAAAAAAAACGAAAAACCAGAAAUUGUCGUUAGAUAUUAA